UUUUGUUUUAUUUAAAAUUAAAAGAUUGUUUUGUUCAAUAUCCAGCAAAAAUGACAAAAACCAUUAUACCAGCAUCACCGAACUGGUAUUGUACAAAAGUGACACACAGUAAUAAGCGAAAUAUACUCGUAUUUGCAAGCCGGCAUGAUAUAUACAUUUUCGGAUAUGACCAGUAUCCGGCUCAGUUUUCGGGAGUGUUUGUAGGUCAUAAAGAGAAAGUAACAGCGCUGUCCCUAUGUAACCAUGACCAGUAUGUCAUGCUGUGUUGCAGCGGCUCGGAAGAUGGAAGUGUCAAGCUCUGGAACACUGUAGAUUGCACAGUGAGUGCGGAGCAUAUUAUACACAAGCACAGAGUAACUGCAAUAAGCUGGUCUGAAAUCCAGCCAGACUUGGUUGUGUCUGGAGAUGACAACGGGCUGCUAGGGGUGUGGCAGGUGGAGGACAAUCGGCAGGCUGCCCACAGGCUUGACAAGACUGGAAUCACAGCGUUAGCAAUGGCGCCCUUCAGUGCUGGACUUACUGCAGUAGGAUUCAAGUCUGGUCUAAUACUCCUGCUGGAUGUUAAGAAAGGCUCCCAGGUGGUGUGUAGCCUCAAAGGUCAUGAUGAGGAGCUUCAUGCCCUGGCCUGGAGCCCUGUGCCCGGGGAGAACUUCAAGCCUGCCCCGCCCGCAGAAGCCCCAGAUAUUACUGACCUGGAGACAUUCGGUGUUGAGGAUUCCUGGCGCAAGAAGCCUAAGGAACCAUUGGUCAGCACGGAGUCUGAGGGAUUCGGUGAGGAUGGGUGGUUGCUGGCCUCGGGCUGUCGAGACAAAACCAUCCGACUGUGGAGCACCAGCAAAGGGAGACAACUGGGGAUGCACAAGCUGCCCAACCCUGGGAGGCGGGACCCGAAGGCGAAGGAGGAGCGAGGGGGGGGGAGUCAGCCCUGGAUCACCAUCCAUUGGCUGACACAGGCGCCCAAUCACAUCAUAUCUAGCUCACUGAGUGGAGAUUUGCUGUUGUGGGACAUCACAAAAUCUGGAAAAGAGAAGAAUAGCUUCUUCCACAAGAGUGGCAGAGGACAUUUGCGUUCUGUGUUCAACAUUUGCCCAGUGGGAGAGGACACUCUAUGUACAAUCUCCAUGGAUAGACAGAUAAUGUUCUGGGACAUCAAGCUCAGAUGUCAGCAAGCUAUAAUGCCUUCCCUUGGUGGAUAUGUGUAUGCCAUGAAAGUGUCACCAUUUGAUCCAGGGAGACUGAGUCUAGGUGUUGGGGAUGGCAUGAUCCGAGUAUGGAACUUGAACUCACCGCCAGGGGUCAGCGCUAUGACUCAGUACUGGCAGGGUAUUAAGUCAAAGGUCACUGCAUUGAGUUGGCACCCAGCCAAGGAGGGCUUGCUGGCAUAUGGGACAGAGGAUGGACGAGUGGGAAUAUACAACACCCUGUCCAACAAGCCUCCCCAGAUAUCAACCACAUAUCAUCGUCGCACGGUGUAUGUUGUAGCUUGGGCACCCGCCUCCACUUCUACCAGUGAUACUGGUUCCCCAGUCAUGUACAAUGUGUACAGCUGUGGGGAUGGGAAUGUUCUAGAACAUCAGACCCAGUGUCUGGACAGGGAGGCAGUCAAUAUAGGGCAGCUCAUACAGGCAAACAACCCCCAGUACAGGGCCACUGGUAAGAUGCCAACAAGAAGUGAGAUUAGUUGGAAUGCAGACUUAACAGUGGUUGCCAUUGGAAAUGAUGAUGGCUCUGUUGAGAUAUUCUCCAGUCCAGGGUUCCUGUUGCUAGGCAUAGUUCAGACUCAUCACAAGCUGGUGAACGUAAUUGCCUGGCACCCAACCAUUACCAUGGAAACCACAACUGGGUCUGCUUACAGAAACUUCAUGGCCAUUGCCUCUAAUGAGUUUCAUAUAUCGGUUGUAGACCUGAAUAAUCUGUUAGACCAUAGUGACUCCCUGCAAGUGACGGAGACGUGGCGCCGUCUGGAGGGACAUAGUAACAGAGUUACAGGCCUUGCUUGGAGUCCACACUCAGACAUGCACCUUUUGUCAGUCUCCUAUGAUAAGAAGGCAUUGGUAUGGAAUGUAGAGGAGGGCACAGUGCUGGCCUGUUAUGAAGGUCACAUAGGUCGCCUGCUAUGCUGCCAGUGGAACGGCCUUGACCCGUCGGAGGUCAUCACUGGGGGAGAUGAUUACAGCAUCCAUGUCUGGGCAGUAGGGGAUCAUCCCCUGGUACAGGGGCAACUGGAUGCAAAGAAAAAGAAGAAGAAAAAGAACAAGUCAAAGACUGUGAGUGAAGAAUCAGCAACCUCCAUUCCCAUAGAAGCAACCUUCAUUCCCAUAGAAACCAGUGUCCCUGACCCAGAUGAACAAGAUGACCUUGAUGACCUUGAGAAAUUGCUGGAAGAGAAAAGGCGAGAACUUCUUGGUGAAGGUCAAAGUAAAACAGCAGAUAAAGUGUCUACACCAUUAGCCUCUGAUACUGCUGAAGAGAUGAGUGUGUCUCUAGUUGCUGUACAACAGACCACAAUCAUGAAACAGAAGAGAACUGACAAAUCAGAUUCGAGAAAGAAGUUGAAGUCAAAGUCGAUGUUCCCUGUCAUGAGCAAGAGGGACAACUCUGGCAGACAGACACUUCUGGAGGAUGUUAUUUCCCUUGCCAAGCUGAUUUAUGGUGACGGUGAAGCAGUGAAGGCCAGUGCAGAUGUGACACACCUUGGUCUGUUCCUAGACAGGAGGGCAGCAUAUGCUUGCUUAGAUGUCGAAGGCCAGUACCACCGAAACAAUGAGAACAUGGAUUAUUUCUACCAGCUAGAGGUCUGGAAGGGGAAUAUCAGUGGUGCUCUAAGGGUUGCUAGGCAAAGAGAUGAACUCUCUGAUUGGCUAGUGGCUAUGGCCCCCAUGGCGUCAUUUGAGACCUGGACGUCAGUGUGUGAGGACUAUGCCAUACAGCUGGAGACAGACGGACAGUACCACAAGGCUGCCAGCUACUUCCUAGCCUGCCACAAGGUUUAUGAGGCCAUUCGGCUCUUCAAGAGACACAAACUCUUCAAGGAGGCGAUUGCACUGGCCAAGGUUCGGUUGUCUCCCCUCGACCCAGCCCUGGAGGAGUUGUACACCCUGUGGGCCCAGCAACUCACCAAGGAUGGCAACCUGGAGCAGGCAGCUAAAUGCCACCUGGCAAUGCGUCAGGUUCAGGAUGCAGCAAAGCUCUUGGCUCGCCGGUAUGACCAGUCCAGCCUGCGCACUGCGGCCCACAUCUCUAUGAUAGCCAAUGACAAGCAGCAGGGGCUGAUGUACACACAGCGCGUGGUGCAGCAACACCUCCUGCAGAAUGAGUGGGGCCAGGCCUAUCAGUUCCUGGAGAAGAACAAGGAGUGGCAGGUGUACCUGGCCACAAGCAGCAUGCAUGAGAUGGUGAGCUGUGAGCUCACAUCCCUGGGGCUUCUGCAUAUUGAGCCUGCGCACUUCUCACACUGGGACCAGCGACCCAGCAACAAGAGUGCCCUGCCAGAUCUCAUCCUGGAUCCUGGUGAUGUGGACAGCAUGUCGCCAUGGCAACUGCACUUGAUUGAAGGUCACACAUUCCCACACCACAUUCUGCGCACCUGGUACCGCCACUUUGAUGUCUGCAUGGACACCACAAGUGUAGAGGACAUGUACAAGACACUGUGUCUGCUGCAUGCUGGGAGACAGGCACAGGUGGAGCAGGCACAGCUGCUGAUCCAGGUGUGUACAGACCUGACCCUCUGCAUGCUGUCCCUGAUGAUGUCAGAGACGCCCACUGCCAUGUCCCACCUGCUGCAGGCGGUGGGCAGUCUACACGAGGCAGGACACCUUCACCUGGUACAGGGACUCCUCAGACUGUUCCUGCCUCAAGGACCGAAGUACAUCUUGAAGCUGCAGCAGGAAGUGACUGCAAUGCGCGUGAUGAUCUCCAUGGAUACCCACACCCACGUGGACGGAGCCUCCAAGGUACACACCAUCAAGCGCUACCUGUCAGAGCACAAGGAUGACGGGGUUGUCAACAACAGCAGUCUGCGGUGUCGCGAGCUAGACUAUCUGCGGGCCUACUACUAUGUGGCUAUUUUGAAUUUCCUCAAGGAAAGCUGUUUUUCAAGGGAGGAAACUAUUAGAGAAACUAAGGAAACAGAGUCAAGUGAGAGUGGUCAUCCUUUGUCUUGUGAUGGUGAUAAAGGUAAUGAGGCAGGUGAAGUGAACAAAAACACAGACCACACUGAUGUGGAUUCUGAAGACAGUUCAGUGGGUAAUGAUACAAUUGUUCAGGAUUAUAAUUUAACUGCCUCUAAAAACAGUGUUCAGGACUCGGAAAGUGGUAUAAAUGAGAAUGUAACGGCCAGUCACUGUGUGGAAGGAGUAGCCACAUUGGAGACAGGUCCCUCCCUACAGCCACAAUCAAACCAGUCAGAAUCCUCAUUAUUGCCAGUAUCAGGCAAAACCAAUCAAAAGCAUUCCUUGCAUCGUCCGGCAAUACCAGUAUUAAAUGUUAACCACUAUGUCAUAAACAUUACGCUGUUGACUCGACUGGCCCAUGGACUAUUGUGGGACAUUCAGGCCAAAAAAUUUGCACUUACAGAAACUCUUGGCUACAUUCAUAAAGCCAUAUCACAGUUGCUGUUAUCUAAGAAUUCCCAGCCCUUAAACAAAGUGCAAGAAAACGAGACAGGGGCCAGUGAGCCCCAGGAAGGGACACAAAGUAUUCCAGACCCUAGGACUAGAUCCAGUGAGGACACUAAAGUGAAGGGUUGUGAAACUGGGAGUAACAUUCAAGGAGGGGAUAGCAGUUUUAAGAGAGGAACAAUAUCCAGUGAAAAUGUGACAUCUAAUCAAGGGGAGGGAGCUGUAGCUAAAGCAACAGAGAAGGGAGAUUACUCAUCCUCAGGAGUGGGGAUGGUAGGUCGAAGUUCGAGAGAUGAGAUAAUUCACUUUUCUGAGCACCAUUUUCAGGACCAUCAUCACCAGCAUCAUCAUGAGCUUCACAUGGACGGCCAUGUUUGCCAUGAAGUGCUGAGUCAUCAUUUUGACCAUGUGAUGAACAUUCACGUGCCACAUGUAGGGGAGGUUCCUAUAAAAGACUGCGAGUUGGAAACUGAGACUGAGAUAAAGUACAGCUUCUUUGAUGUGUGCUCAUCCUGUGAGGUGUUACAUAAAUCCAGGAAAAUUCUGUUUGAUGACGAGCCUCAAUUUUAUGCUCGGCCCGAGUCUGGCUUCAAAGACGUGACAAACAUCACGAACCCAGCAAAGUACAUCAAUGUUCCAGACGAGUGGUACGGUAUGCCGGUGGACCAGAAGUACUUCAAGCGCUAUGUAACCAUGGCAAUACUGAAGGACGAGCAGGAGUACGUUAUGACUGAGCUGAAGAGGGCUCCAGACUGUACACAGGCUCUGUUCCCCAGUCCGCUGGAGUCCGUGAGGUCCCUGGUGGAGGUGGCGGGCCACUCCUCCCACAUCUCCACGGUGGAGAGACAGCAGCUGGCACAGAAGGUCAUCAUGUGGGCACUGAACUUUGCCUGCACUUCACAGCAGAAGCAGAACUUCCUGAACCUGCUACAGGCACAGAUUGAACAUUAGGGGUGUGACUUUCUGUGUUUGAUUAUUGAUGUAGCUGAAACAAGAGAGCUCUGACUGUCUCUGGAGAACAUUACAUCAGUUAGAACUCUGAAGGCUGUUGAGGAACAGUAAUCAGCUGGGACUUUGAAGGCUGUGGCUUUCUAUUGAGGAACACUGCUUCAUUUUGGAGCAUUGAAUGUUGUGACUUUCUGUUAAGGGACACUGCUUCAGCUGGGACAUUGAAUGUUGUGACUUUCUGUUUAGGAACACUGCUUCAUUUGUAAUUGGAACACGAUUGCUGUAAUUCUGUUUGAGGGAAGUUUUAUAUUUUCUUUGGCCCAAACUUCAAUAUCUGUGUUACAAAUGCAUAAACCAUCAUAAUAAAUAAAUGAAUUCAAUAUAAGCUACAUGCAUUGCUUUUUGAUAGUGAAAUCAUAGCCAUAGUGUCACCAAGUAAGAUCCAAAGCAAAUCGCUAAACUAUUAUCAUAACUAAUGGACUUCUGGGAGAGUUGUAGAUGAAACACUUAAGAAGAAGACUUUGAAAGAUCAUUGUUUGGUUAAAUUUGUAUUGAAGCUUUAGCACCAAAUUAUGUUUUUUACAUACUUUCAAAGCUUCAUUCUAAUAUUGACAUUUCAUGACACAGAACACUAGUGAAAUAACCUAUUGGGUUUGCACAUCAUAUUUACUUUGAAACAUUUAGAUAAUUGUCAAGAGUUACAUCAAUACAGGUAAAACGCAUUCCUCCAAAUCUAAAUGCAAGAACAAAAGAACUCUUUGUUGAUGAUAUAUUGCACAAAUUUCAAGCUAACUUUUGAAAAUUCUUAACUUUAUUCGUUUUGUUGAUAAUUUUUUCCCCAAAAUUGAAUGCUAUGCCUUACCAAAUAUCAAGGAAAUCCCUUCAAGAGGAAAUAAUAAUGUUAAUACUUUGAAGUGAAGGUCACUCUUCCAAAGCUGUUCCAUGAUUUGAAGGUUAUAUUUUGUUUUAGUUGACAGGAAUUGUUUCCACUGUCAAUGUGAAGUAAGAGUUGAAACUGCUGCGUGUUGAGUAGUGUGUUAUAUAGUUUUCAGAUUAUGGUUGAAUAAGGGUUACAAUUUGUAGCAUAAAUAGGCUAUGUGCUGUGUUUGUGUCCACUUUUUUAGUUGUGUUUUGUCUCAUUAACAUUUUUGUCUUAUGGUCAUUAUUAAGCAUACUCUUGUAUUGAAUACUUAAAACAGCAGUGGUAUCAAGUCCCAUUUGUAAAUCAAAUUUGAUAGGAACAAAGGGCAAAGCAUCAGCAUUUUAUUGUGUGUAAACACUUUCACUUAACAUUAGCCUUUGAAGAUGAAAUGUAAACUGUGUGUAUUCAUGCAAUUGGUCCAGUUAUAACCCAGCUCAUUCUUUGUGUUCAUGAGAUGAGGAAUGCCUGUGUUCAGUCUAUUUGCUCAAAUAAAUAUAUUUAAUCAAAACACAUAAUUAUGUUCAUCAUUAACACCUUGUUUGAAACAGAGAUGAAAUACAUAUUUUGCUGGCAAGUGAUUUAUUGAUUACCAAUUGUUACUGAAUCUGUAUGCUGUAUCUACACUAUGCCAUGAUGAACGUCAGUGUUUGUCAAACUUUGUAUUUGUCGCUUUCUUUAAAAUCAUUUUCAUGAUAUCUUAAUUAUACCCCCACAAGCGAAGUUUAGGGGUAAUAUAGGAGUGAACUUGUCUGUCGGUCGGUCUGUCUGUGGGUCCGUAUUAAAAUGUCCGCUCUAUAAUUCAAGUAGUUUUCAUCCGAUCAUCACCAAACUUGGUCAGAAGUUGUAUCUACAUGAUGUCUAGGCCAAAUUCAAACAUGGGCCUUGCCGGGUAAAAACUAGGUCACGGGGUCACUUAGUGCGUUUAAAACAUUCAGCAUGUUGUCCGCUCUCUAAUUCAAGUAGUUUUCAUCCGAUCAUCACCAAACUUGGUCAGAAGUUGUAUCUAGAUGAUCUUAAGGCCAAGUUCGAACAUGGGCCUUUCCGGGUCAAAACCUAGGUCAGGGGGUCACUUAGUGUGUUUUUUAACAUUCAUCAUGGUGUCCUCUCUCUUAUUCAAGUAGUUUUCAUCCGAUCUUCACCAAACUUGGUCAGAAGUUUUAUCUAGAUGAUCUGAAGGCCAAGUUCGAACAUGGGCCAUGCCAGAUCAAAAACUAGGUCACAGGGUCACCUAGUAGGUUUUACACAUUGAGCAUGGUGUUCGCUCUCUAUUUCAAGUAGUUAAAAUCCAAUCUUCACCACACUUGGUCAGAAGUUGUAACUAAAUGAUGUGUAUGUCAAGUUCGAACAUGGGCCAUGCCGGGUCAAAAACUAGGUCACAAGGUCACUUAGUGUGUUUUAAACCUCACCAUGUUGUCCGCUCUCUAAUUCAAGUAGUUUUUAUCCAAUCUUCACCAAAAUUGGUCAGAAGUUGUAUCUUGAAAAUGUCUAGGGCAAGUUUGAAUAUGGGUCAUGCUGGGUCAAAAACAUGGUCACUGGGUCACUUAGUGCGUUUUUAGCUCAUCUAUUUUUUUAAUUUUUUUUAAAUAAGCUAUUGUCAUCACCUUGGCGUCGGUGUCGGCGUCCGGUUAAGUUUUGCGUUUGGGUCCACUUUAAUCAUUAAGUAUCAAUGCUAUUGCAUUCAAACUUGGUACACUUACUUACUAUCAUGAGGGGACUGGGCAGGCAGUUAGAUAACUCUGGCUUGCAUUUUGACAGAAUUAUGUGCUCUUUUUAUACUAAAAAAAAAAUAAAAUUUUGGUUAAGUUUUGUGUUUAGGUCCAUUUUAUUCCUCAAGUAUCAAAGCUAUUGCUUUCAUACUUGCAACACUUACUAUCAUAAGGGGACUGUGCCGGCAAAGUUAUGUAACUCUGACUGGCAUUUUGACAGAACUAUAUAUGUGCCCUUUUUAUGCUUAGAAAAUUGAAAAUUUGCUUUCAUACUUGCAACACUUACUAAAUAUUGUAAGGGGACUGUGCAGGCAAAGUUAUGUAACUCUGACUGGCAUUUUGAUGAAAUUAUGGGCCCUUUAUACUUGAAAAUUUGGUUAAGUUUUGUGUUUUGGUCAACUUUACCCCUAAAGUAUCAUAGAUAUUGCUUUCAUACUUGGUACACUCGCAAACUAUCAUAAGGGGACUGUAAAGGACAAGUUGCAUAACUCUGGUUGUCAUUUUUACAGAAUUAUGGCCCUUUUUUGACUUAGUAACUUUGAAUAUAUAUUUUGUGUUUAGAUCCAUUUUACUUCUUAAGUAUCAAGGCUAUUGCUUUUAAACUUCAAAUACUUUCAUGCUAUCAUGAGGGUACUGUACCUGGCAAGUUGAAUUUUAUCUUGACCUUUGAAUGACCUUGACUCUCAAGGUCAAAUUAUUAAAUUUAAAGUCUAUUGUGAAACCUUGUAAACACCACCUGCUCAGAACAGCUUUGUUUGUUGGAGUCUCUGGUGAGAGCCUUUGACACUCUUGCUUCUGUAAUUUUAUUCCUUUGUUAAGAACAAUUUUGUUGAAGUUUCUUGUUAAGACUAUAUAAAAGGGGUGGAAAAUUGCUAGCCUUUGCACAAUGAUUUGUUUUUGUUUAUUUGUUUGACAGAUCAUUUUAACGCUUUCUUGUUACAAGUAAUUGAAACAGUAUUAUAAUUUAGAGAUUUAGUUUUCGCUAUUAAUGGUCAAUAUUCAAACUGCUUUGUUUUUUGACAAGAUAUGUAUUACAAGUAAAGGCUGCUGUUUUUUAAAAACCGUUAGUUCAGAAGUUAGAUUAGAUCAUAUACCCACUAAUUGGACAUCAUAUAUUACAUGACAUGUACGAAAUAUUGAAUACAUUUGUAGAAGUCAGACCAUUUUAUUUUAUGUCUUACAAUGGACACUAAACAAUGCGUUAUUUGGCAAAACAUAAUUCAUUAUGUUCCUUAUGUUGUUUUGAAGAGCAGUUGAUGUAUUAUUCAGUUGUUGAAUGAGAAAAUUUUGAAAAAUUAUAAGCAAAUCCAAAUAUCAGUUUCUUCAAUUUAAGGAUAAAAUAACACCCUUAGUACAACAGGUUUUAUUGUACUAUGUCAUGUUUUACAACUCGUUCAAGUGAUAUUAUGGGCAUUUUUCACUGUUGAAUUGAGCUGAAAAGAAUUUACAGGUCAAAAGAGUAAGUUAAAAUGUGGUUACUGACCAAUUAUCUGCAACUCAUCUUGCUACCAGUUGUUUAUAAAAAAUAUAUUUUAUAUUCAAUAUCUUACGUGACCCACCCAGUCCUGUAAGCCGAAAUGAUCAGUAAAACAAAAUUGUGUCGUAUGAACGAAUCUGCACUAAAACUAAAUUUAGGUUCACAUCGUACAUGCAUGAUCAGUUGUCAAACGAAAGUACGGUUGAUAUUCAAAUGCGUUAUUUUUCUCUUUCCGGGAUAUCAUUUUAGUAUGUUGAUGCUGCAUUAACAAAUAUAUAUAAGUGCAUUAUAAUGCAGUGAAAACACCAAAAAUAAACAACGGUUGCGAUGGACACCUAUAACCUGUUAGAUGCCCAUAAUAUCACUUUAACCAAAUAAAAAGACAAUGUGUUAAUCACUAUGAAUCAGUUAGUCUAUUUUGUUUAUUUUCUUUUACAUCCCUGUGUUAAAAUACAUGUUAUUUGGCAAAUUUGUACAUGGAUAACAUGAACACUAUCAGAGGUAAUUGAAUUGCGUAUGCCAUGUUGAUAUGUUAGUUUCUUUUCAUUGUACAUGUAAUGCAUUCUUUCUUCUGUUCAGUUGUGGCAUUUGCCUGUAUUAAAAUCAUUGAAAAACACA